AGGCAAGUAGGUUGUCAGUGGGUGUGGCCUGUGAGGAGGAAGCGUCGGCGAAAACUUGAACGUAAAGUUUUGAGAGAAUGGCGGACAAGACUGUGGAUGGUGCAUGGUGGACAGGAUGUGCAGUUCUGUUCCUGCAGUCUCGCUGUCCCGACGUCAACCUGCUGUCGCUCUUCAAAGACCGAGAGGGAAAGUUCAUCGUUUUCAAAGUCAUUAAACUGACACUGACAGACUCUGCAGGAGGUCUGGGUGGUUAUGAGAUCCUGAAGGUCCACGACGCUGAUCCCUUCCUGGGCGUGGAGGUGAAGUUUGUGGACGUGGCAGCUUGUCGGCAGUUCCUGGAGAGCUACAGCUCUGGAGCGGUGAGACAGUCUGUCUCACAGCACGCCUGUCGACUGCUCGCUCUGACACAGGAGCUGACGGUGGAGACUCAGCUGAAGGCCAGCACACACAUCCUGGACCUCCACCUGGACAAGCUGGAACUUUGCCUACAGCACAUCCACCUUUCACAGCCAGAACGCCUGCGUGAUGAGGAGAUCGAUCAUCUGGAGCAGCAGCUGCAGCGUCAGGCUCUCGGUCCGGCACCACAGUGCACCAUCAUCACACAGGAAGAAACUCCCGUCCCCACGAACUCCUUCAAAUUUCAGAAUAAAGUGUUUGAGGACCGGAUGCUGACAGCAGCAGAUGUUCAGAACUUCUCGAACGGAGCGGGUCGUCACUGGAAACACGUGGGCCGAGCUCUGGCAAAGAGCUGCCGCGCUCUCAAGGGUUUGGCCAUAGACAACCUGGCCUACGAGUAUGAGAGAGAAGGGCUGUACGAGCAGGCCUAUCAGCUGCUCAACCGCUUCAUCCAGGCCGAGGGCAGAGCGGCCAAACUGAGCCGGCUCGUCAAAGCUCUGGACGACUGCAGACUCACCAGCCUGGCUGAGCAUGUUCUGGACAUGGAGCCGCGAGAGUAACGCGUGUCCUGCACGGACGAGUGGACGAGUGGACGAGUGGACGAGGACGGGUCGCCCCACCUGUCGCUGCACGUUUCUUCUUGAUUGACGUCUGUCAUCUUCACGUUUGAAAUCAUUCCUGUGACUGUGUGUGUGUGUGUGUGUGUGUGUGUGUCGUAUGUUGAAUUGCUGGAGUUGUUACGAUUAUUAAUGUUUUUCAUCCAGAUAAAAUGAUGAGUCAUCACUGUUUAAUGUUGAAUGCACUGUUUAAACUGUUGUUUUUUAUCAUUUUCCUCUUUGUCAACAUAUUUGGUCUCAUAACUAAUGACCGAACAACAGCAAAUUAAAUGGUUGUGGAAAAAAAGUCUUCAUUUUUCUGUUUGAUGCAUUAAUGUGAUUAAAA